GGAGCAUGCUAUUGUUAAUUUGUUAUAGAACUAACAAACCACAAUUUCUAUGAUCACAAAAUUCUUCUCUUCUAAAGAACUAAAACACAAGAAAAAAUGGAUGUUUUGUACACCAUGUUGACUUUCAUAUCCUUCUCUUUUCUAGCUUUUUUCCUAGCCAUUUCUUACAUCAUGAUGACAAUCUUCAAAGGAAAAUCCAUAGGGGAUCCUAAAUAUGCACCUGUUAAAGGCACAGUCUUCAACCAACUUUUCUACUUUAAGAGACUCCAUGAUUACCAUGCUAAAAUGGCAAAAACUCAUCCAACUAUGAGGCUUCUUGCUCCAUAUCAAAGUGAGCUGUACACAAUAGAUGUGAGAAAUAUUGAACAUGUAUUGAAAACAAAUUUCGAUAAAUAUUCUAAAGGUAAGUAUAAUCAAGAUAUUGUGACUGAUCUUUUGGGUGAGGGGAUUUUUGUUGUUGAUGGUGAAAAAUGGAAGCAGCAGAGAAAAGUUGCUAGCUAUGAAUUCUCCACAAGAGUUCUUAGAGAUUUUAGUUGUUCCGUGUUUAGAAAGAAUGCUGCGAAAUUAGUUAAAGUUAUAUCAAAAUUUUCUCAAGAGGGUCUUCAUUUUGAUAUGCAAGACUUACAAAUGAGAUGUGCUUUGGACUCGAUAUUCAAAGUUGGGUUUGGAACAGAACUGAAUUGCUUAGAGGAAUCAAACAAAGAGGGAAUUGAAUUCAUGAAAGCCUUUGAUGAAUCAAAUGCUAUAAUUUACUGGCGCUACGUUGAUCCUUUUUGGAGCCUUAAGAGGUUUCUAAACAUUGGUGGUGAAGCGAAGCUUAAGCGCAAUGUGAAAUUGAUAGAUGAAUUUGUGAAUGGAGUCAUAAAGACUAAAAAGGAACAAUUGACUCUUCAGCAAGAUUCUAAUGUUAAAGAAGAUAUACUAUCAAGGUUUUUAAUGGAAAGCAAGAAAGGCGAAACAAAUAUAAGUGAUAAGUAUUUGAGGGAUAUAAUUCUAAACUUUAUGAUAGCUGGAAAAGACACAACUGCGAACACGCUUUCGUGGUUCUUCUACAUGCUAUGCAAGAACCCUCUUGUUGAGCAAAAGAUUGUUCAAGAAAUAAAAGAUGUGAUUUGUUGUAGUGAUGGAAGUGAAGUCAAGAUAGAUGAGUUUGUUGAGAAUUUAACAGAUGCAGUAGUUGAUAAAAUGCAUUAUCUUCAUGCAGCUUUGACAGAAACAUUGAGAUUGUACCCUGUAGUGCCUGUGGAUGGAAGAACUGCAGAUGCUCCUGAUGUUCUUCCCACUGGACACAAACUCGAAAAGGGUGACGGUGUGUACUACUUGGCAUAUGCUAUGGGUCGAAUGACUUCAAUUUGGGGGGAGGACGUGGAGGAAUUUCGGCCUGAAAGAUGGAUUAAUGAAGGAAUUUUCCAACCGGAAUCACCAUUCAAAUUUGUAGCAUUUCAUGGUGGACCUCGUAUGUGUUUAGGGAAGGACUUUGCAUACAGACAGAUGAAAAUAGUGGCAAUGGCUCUUUUGCAUUUCUUCAGAUUUAAAUUGGAAAAUGGGACACAAAAUGUGACAUAUAAGGUCAUGUUUACUCUUCACUUGGACAAGGGUCUCCCUCUCAAUGCAAUUCCAAGAUCAUGAUGACUAGUGAGUGAGAUCACAUGUGAAGUAAAACAAAUCACUAUGCAUAGCAGUUUCUAAAUUUUUAUUUCUAAGAGAUGUUCUAUAUAGAUCAUUGACCCUGCCAUGAUGUUAAUAUCUUUCGUUGUCUAAUGUAAGUAGAUUUUUCUAUGGACAUUUUAUCAAUUGCAAGGAAUUGCAACAUAAAUGUUUUGGUAUUCUUCUUUCUGAGUAGGUCAGCCUUCAAUACAAUUAACAUACACGUCUAACAUACACGCCUAUUUGCCGUACGAAAUCCAAAACUAAGGUCGUGCGUGUGUCUGGUUUUUUUAUGAGUGUUCUAGAAGUUUCGCCAAAAUCUCAUACAAACGACUUCACUUGAGACUCGUAUAGGCGAUUUCAUCAAAUACAUGCUGCAAAUAAUAGACCAUUGUUUAUUGUAAAAAUCUUCAAUUUCAACAAAUAAAUUUGAUAUGCCAAUCUAAAAUUUGAACUAGAUCUUAUUAGGUAGUUAGUUGA